AUGGGCGACGGGCACGGCUGGUGGAAGCUGACGUUCCUGCGGAAGCGGCAGGCAGCGCCCGCCGUGCUCUACGAGAGCCCCGAGGGGCCGGCGGCGCCGGGCGGGGACGGCGCGGAGGGGCCGGGCCCCGAGGGGACCCCCGGCUUCGCCGCCCGCCUGGAGAAGAUCGUGGACAAGAGCACCAAGGGCAAGCACGUCAAGGUCUCGCACUCCGGGCGCUUCAAGGAGAAGAAGAAAGUCAGGGCGACGCUGGCCGAGCAUCCCAACCUGUGCGGGGCCGGCGAGCGCGACGAGAAGUGAGCCGGGCGGAUUGUCGCCCGGUGCGCGGGGCCGCCGGAGCGGAGAGGACUCGGGCUGGAAUUUACCUGUGGAUAGAUUAUCCCUGACCUGCGGG